CACCACACGCACACCUUGCAGACACGGGCGCGCGACCAGCCCUACUGCAGGACCAAACGUUGGAGCUCUAUUACCUGCUUGUCGGCAGCGUCGCUGGGCUCACAAACAAGACGGUUGUUGGCCAUCUUCAAACAACUUGAUCUACGCUGCAAAAGGCACACCCGGGUCCAGGGCAUCGGCUAACGUCAGUCACCACGCGGCGAAGAUGUCGCAGCCGGUCGUUACGAUGCCGCCGCCUCAGCAACAGCAGGGCAAUGAGUGUGCACCGGGCUUUCAGUGCACCCCGCGCCUGACUUUUUGGGUUAUUGCGGCAUCUUCCUGGUUGGUGUGGAUCUUCGCGGUAUCUGCCGCCGCUGAUGACAAGUGGAUCAAGGACAACGGGCAGGGGGAUUGGCUCGCUGCAGGGGAAGACCCCGUCCUCAACUUGUGCGACGGCCUCGACGACGCUGCCGACGACGAUUUACUCGCCACCGACGAAUACAAGGAUUUCGUUUCUAUCUGUGACCUAUACCGGGCCUUCACUGCAAUGCAAAUGUUGGCCACCAUCGUGUGCUCGGUGUCCGUGUUGCUGCUAGCCUUGGCCUUCUUCCGACCGGAGGCAGGAAAGUGCGCCUCGACCAGGACCCUGGCGUUCGUUGGGGGUGCGCUCAUGGCGACAUAUGCCUUGUUUCAGCUCGUGGCGGUGGUGCUGGCUGCCGUGCUUGCGCAGGAGUUCGACAACUUGCCGAAUGACGACGACACGUCGUACUUGAGCGGCUACGAUGGUUUCUACACUUUCUUUGAAGCUGGCUACGAGGCAGAAGUAGGGCCGACUUUCGGUGUGGGGGUGACGGCCUUGAUCCUCGCCGUCAUAAUGACGGUGGUUCUUUGCCUGUGCGCGACGCGCACGGGGGACGGCCCCCUCUACAAGUGCUGCCACAGCCUCAUGCUCGCCAACAAGAGCAACGGCAUCCCCAGCAGUGGUGGUGAAGGUGGCGUAGGCGGGGGCGGCGGGAAAGGAGUUCCUGUUGUCGCUGACCUGCCUGCCUCUGUGGCUGCGGCGAGACCAGGAGCAACCGAGCAGCCGUCGCAGCAGCAACAUUACCAACAGGCACAACCGCAGCGUCAGCCGCCCCCACCGUACGGCAUUUUGCCGUCGGCGGAGGUUUAGCGCGCUAUAUCCAGCGGAAAGCCGUGUGGGGGGCAUAUAGAGUUUGCGGCUUGGUUUAUGACUAUUUGGGCAUGGCUGCCUACUUGGGCAUGGCCGAAGCUUACUGGAUGUAGCCAUCAUGAACGCAACUUUUCGCUCGUUCCUCAACGGUUGUGGAGAAUGGCUGUAGUGUAAGUGCAACUAGCAAGCAUGUAUUUACCUGUGGGGUGGGACCUUGCGUCGUCGUUUCGCACCUGCAGUUGUCAUUUGCUUUUGGGUGAUUAACACAAGGUCUACGGGUGAGGGCAGAGGGCACAGCAGUACGAGGCACCACAUUUAUGCAUUAAUUCUGUACUACAGUAGAUCGCACGGGUGGGUGUAUGUCGUGGGUCCUCCUGUCGCUCAUUUAAUUGGCGACGAUGCACCCAGCGCCUCCCGCCGUGGACAUGGUGUGCAGCUUGCCGCAGAUAUUCUUUUCAGUGUUUUUUCCCCCGCAGGCGAAACACAUGCUGCCUACAUUUCUGGUACCCCGUAAGGGAUGUCUGCUUCAUUUAUCCAGGUUGCAUCCCGAAAAUGAAUGUCCCUCGGAAUACGUGGGAUAAUUUAUGUGUAGCGGAAAGAUGGGAUACCGGAUGCAUCGGAAGGUAGACUUCCGUGGAUGGUGCUUGGUUUUUACCCACGGUUUUGGAGCUUUUUACAUCUAAAGGUUCUGCGACGUGCUGGAGGAUAACAUAUUUUUUACGACCACGACGACUUGCCGGGGGGCUGAUAGGUUGUUCCAGUUUGUGUGCGUUUGUCUACGGAGAACGUCUAUUUGAGGCCAUCCGCCUAUUUAUUCAUCGUCAUUUCGACCCGCACACAAGGGGUGCACACGGUGUCAGUUUGCCCCCCUCUUCUUCUUGGCUGAUGUUCUUUCCUCAGUCUUUGCUGUCUUUCUUCAUGAGUACCAGUACGUUGGCAGCCAUUUGGAGUUCCGUCUGUAGCUUUAGGAUUGGCUUGUGUAGGUGCUUGUUUCGUUGUAUCCGUUUUCCUUUCCGAUACCAAUUUUGUUGAGACAAGUUCGACUCAACGCGUGAACCCGACGGUACAUGAACAGCACCCCGGUGAUAUCCUCUCACGACAUGUACAGGGUACUCAUUGCGUGUGCUUCCU